ACGGCAAACACGUGAGAUUCCUUGUCCUUGAGAAAACCCAGAGAUCUGAAUACAUUAUAUCCAUCCACCAACAAAUUCCUCAACCCUUUCAUUCUUUCCUCAUCAUCUGCUGCACUUGAUUUUCAGUCAUGGCUGCAAAACUUGAAGGUGGAGCUUAUCUCUCUUCUUUUAUUGAUGCUGUUUCAAAGAAGUUGUCUUCAAUACUUGAAGAUGACUUUGUCCGUGAAGGAAAUGACUCUGACCUGGAGUUGCUUGGAAGGUUGGACGAUUGCCUGUGUGAUGUUGGACCUGUGCUUGACGAUGCUGAGCUGAAGCAGUUCAGUGAUGAAAGAGUGAAGAAGUGGCUUGUUGAUCUCCAAGAUGCUCUCUAUAUGGCUGAUGACUUGCUUGAUGAACUCUCCACCGAAGCUGCCACUGCCACUCCAAGGGAUCCAGGUAACUCUUAUGACUGGUCUCCCUCUGUUGAUUCAAUUAUUGAAGAUAGUGGUGUCAUUGAAAAAAUAGUUGGCAAACUAGAGUCUGUUGUAGGACGAAAAGGUAAACUUCGUCUAAGAGAGAGUGCCAAGGUGGACUUCUCAUCAUGGAGAAUUCCAUCCACAUCCCUUGUUGUAAGUUCUGACGUAUUUGGUCGUGAUGAAGAAAAGGAGAAGAUAAUCAAAUUGCUGUUAGAUGAUACCUGCGAUGCUGAAUCUCGUGUGACUGUGAUCCCUAUCGUGGGAAUGGGCGGAAUAGGAAAAACUACUUUGGCUCAACUGGUUUACAAUGAUGCCAAAGUCGUUGGAAAAUUUGACACUAGAGCAUGGGUGUGUGUUGCUGAAAAUGCUGACCCUAUUAAUGUUACAAGGACAAUAAUAGGGGCAAUAGAUUCUUCUCCCUGUACCAUGGAUAAUUUUGAUUUACUUCAGACUGUUUUGAUGGAAAAGUUGACAGGAAAGACAUUUUUAAUUGUUUUAGAUGAUGUCUGGGAUGAUCGACGAGACAUAUGGGAGGAUUUUCUAAAACCUUUUUGGUUUGGGAAAAAUGGAAGUAAGAUUCUCUUAACAACCCGCAGUGAAUAUGUUGCUUCUGUGUUCGCAGCUAACAAUCUAUAUCAUCGACUAAGUUUAUUGUCGGAGGAAGAUUGUUGGUCAAUGUUUUUGAAGCAUUCAUCUAUUUCUACUAGUUCUAAACAAUAUGCAACUCUAGAACCAAUUGGUCGAAAAAUUGUUGAAAAAUGUAAGGGGUUACCUUUGGCCGUAAAGACACUUGGGGGUUUAUUGCGCAAUAAGUAUAAUGAAGUGGAUUGGGAGAAUACACUUGAAUGUGAAAUUUGGGAACUCUCGGAAUAUGACUGUAAGAUUGUUCCUGCAUUAAGAGUUAGUUAUUAUUAUCUCCCUUCACAUUUGAAGCGGUGUUUUGUUUAUUGUUCAUUAUAUCCCAAGGAUUAUGAAUUUGACAAAGAAGAAUUAAUUUUGUUAUGGAUGGCCGAAGAUCUUUUACGACCAAAGAAAGCUAACACAUUAGAAAUGACUGGUUGUGCAUAUUUUGAUGAAUUAGUUGCGAGGUCUUUUUUCCAACCUUCCAAUACUAAUGGAAAGUUAUUUGUAAUGCAUGAUCUCAUGCAUGAUUUAGCAACACUUUUUGCUGGGAAAUUCUAUUUCAAACUCACAGAAUUUGGCAAUCAACACAUGAUAGGUAGCAAAACUCGUCAUUUAUCAAAUACUAGAGCAUUUGUUGAUAGCAUCGAAUUAAUUCGAGAGGCUGAAGCAAUACACAUGAGAACAUUUUUAGAUUUUUCUUUGCUUGCCUAUUGUGAUUCAGUUAAUUUUCAAAGCUUUCUACAACAUUUGGGAUGUUUAAGAGUUUUGUCAUUCAAAAAUAUUUCUCCAGAGUCAUUACCUGAUUCAAUAGGUGAACUGAUUCAUUUGCGUUAUUUGAAUCUCUCUUACAUAUAUUCUAUGACAUUGCCUGAGUCAAUCUUUAAAUUGUACAAUCUCCAAACUUUGAAGUUGAGGAAUUGUCAUAUGCUUAAGAUGCUUCCAAGCCGCAUGCAAGAGCUUGUGAACCUGCGGCACCUUGAUAUUCGAGGUUCUUCUGAUCUAGAAGAGAUGCCAAAGAAAAUGAGCAAGUUAAAGCAUCUAAAUUUCUUAACUGAUUAUAUUGUCGGCAAGCACGAAGAGAAUGGGAUAAGAGAAUUGGGACCACUGGACAACCUUCAUGGCUCAUUUUGCAUUUCCAACUUGGAGAACGUGAAGAAUAGUGGUGAAGCUUUGGAGGCAAAGAUGGGUAACAAGAAGCACAUCAACACUUUAAAAUUGAAAUGGCUUCCAAAUGGUGACAAUGAUGACGUUGAAACCGAAAGAGAUAUUCUUGACAAGUUACAACCUCAUCAAAACUUGAAAGAGUUAUCAAUUAAGGGUUAUCCGGGUGAAAGAUUCCCAGAUUGGUUAGGCCUUUCUUGCUACUCCAAUAUGACCAAAUUGAGUCUGGAUAGUUGUAUAAAUUGUUGUGAGCUUCCUUCACUGGGACAGUUACCCUCUUUACAGCAUCUGGAGAUUUCUAAACUUGAUGGGUUGGAGAAAAUUGACUCUGAGUUCUACAACAAAAACAAUGCAUCAUUUCAGGAGAAGACACCCUUCAAAUCUCUUGAAACUCUGAAAAUUGAGUAUAUGUAUCGUUGGCGGGAGUGGCAUUUUCCUGAUGAGUUUGAUGGUUUUCCUGAGCUUAGAAUUCUUGAAAUAAGAAGCUGUCCUGUGUUAAGAGGAGAUCUGCCUGCUCACCUUCCCGCUCUGGAGGAACUUAUCAUUGUUGGAUGUGAAGAGCUUGCAUGUUCGUUGCCAAGGGCUCCCAAGCUUCACGAAUUACAUGUGCUGAAUUCUGGUUUUGUUACGGAUGCGACCAUGCACAAUGUAGACAUCACAGGAACCCAGCUGGCGAAGUCCGUAUUGGAGUGGCUGCCCCACAUCCAACCGCCACGCGUCCAACAUCUGUUUAUCAGUCACUGUUAUUCAGUCAUAUCAAUUUCAGCAGAUUAUGUGCCUGCUUCGUUACAAGAUCUUGUCAUCUUUGAUUGUCCAAAAUUAACAUUCUCAGAGCAACUGCACCACAAGUCACUCACGGAGAUAGAUGUGUACGAUUGUGAUUCACUGACGUUGUUUCCAUUGGGGGCCCUUCCAAAUCUCAAGAAACUCGCAAUCCGGGGAUGCAAAAACAUGGAAUAUGUUGAGAUGCCACAGACUCUUCCAAGUCUCUCUCAUAUAUGGAUCUCAGACUGUCCUGGUUUUGUAUUCCUACCGGCUCUAGCGUUGGCUGCUCCCCACCUACAGGAGCUGUAUAUACGCAAUUGCCCAGAAAUUGAUUGUUUUGCUGGGGAGUGCCUCCCGCCGAGUCUGAAAACUCUUGAAGUCGUUAAGUGCCAGAAACUAGAGAGGUGGAUAACAUCAAACGGUUUGCAGAGUCAAGGCCUUACACGUCUAAUCCUUGAUGAAUGGAAUGAAGUUAAGUCGUUCCCAGGAGCGGGUUCACUUCCUGCUUCUCUUGUGUGUCUAAAAUUGUCUACAUUCUCAAAUCUGGAGACGCUUGACUGCAAGGGGCUUCACCAUCUUACCUCCCUAAAAAAUUUAGCAAUUCGUAACUGUAGAAAGCUUGAGAAUAUCACAGAAGAACAUUUGCUUGCCUCCAUAGAAAAUAUCUACUUAGGGGAAAAAUGUCCUUUGAGGCAUAAGUUGGAAGAGAUGGAAGACCCACAUAUUCAAUUCGUUAAAGUGGAUAACUGUUAAUGCUACUGUUGAUUCUGAUUUUGUACCAUCUAAUGUGCAAUGAGAGUGGCCGCAUACAGCUUUGCCCUUAUGGAAGAUUGAAGAGUCAACAUAAAUUCAUGGCUGAGGCAAUGUGAGAAUUGGGGUGCACUGAAGUUUAUGAAUGGAGCAACUUGCUACACCAAUGAAUCUCUAGAAUCACCUAUUAUGUCAAGUGAAGCAUUUGCUUCUGCCGCAAAGAAAGCAAAUAAUCAAGGUAUUGGGUUCUCAGAGAUCCUGAAAGUAGUGUGAUUUCUUCCCUGAAACUGUUGAAUCUAUGAUGGGGACUAGCAGCCUGUGUGAUGCGGAAAAACUGGUAGCAAUUCAACGCUUGGUUGCACCUUAGAUAAAAUGUCUCAGACUAGAACAUCACCUACUUUAAUAUGUGGCUUUCAUCAAUGAUAAUCAAGGAAAAACUGGUAGCAAUUCAAUGCUUGGUUGCACCUAUGAGCAGAGUGCUUUGGAUAAGCAAAGAGAAGAACAUGCAAGAAGGAUUAAAUUCAUCAUUAUCAUGAUAAUUUUGAAGAGGGUUGUAAUUCAGAUGGUGGCAUUGCAUGCCAUGUUAAUUGGAAAGAAGCAUUAUUAUUAUUAUUAUCCUCAAUAUUACAUAAGGCUAUAGAGAUGGAAGAUUAUGGUACUCCAAGUAGCUAAGAAUCUCCACCAGCUGAUGAUUAUGAUUUCUACAGAAAACAUGAAGAGAUCCCAAGCCCUGGUGCUGGUCAUUGAUUAUGAUCAUCAAGCUAAGUGAGGUUGUAAUUAUUCCUGGGACCAGCUUACUGUGUACUUAUUACUGGUCAUAUAUAUAUUAUGUCAGAGAUGAUCCCCGGGAAAGGUUUUUGCUAUACAUAUAUAUGCUCCGAGAGAAUGCUAAAAUUGAUUCUUCCUUGUAUUCCUGUACCCAUGGAAGUAGUUAAGAAACCUGAUGUCAGUUUUCAAGCAUAUUUAACCAGUGGAUGCAAUCACAAACAUCAAGAGGGCUUGUAGGGUGGACAAUAGAAACUGGCAAGGAGAUCCAUGUGCCCCCUUGCAUACAAAUGACAAGGUGUAGAGUGCAGCUCUUUUGAUGGCUUUCUAAGAAUCACAUCCUUGGGGGAGAGCACUAUGUAGGGACUGAAAUUGACCAUAGAACACAGUUUUGUGACAUGGGAAAGUUUGAAAUCAGUUCGGCAAAAUCGGUUGGCAUGAAAGGGCCAAUGGCCACCCCCAUUGCUAAAGGCCAUCGUUCCUUGAACCUUACCCAAAGGAAAGAACUUAAUUUGUAUGCAAAUGUUUGUCCCUGAUAUAGCCUUCCUGGCUACAAAACUCGGCAUGAUAAUGUAAAUCUCAUCACAUAUGCGGAAAUACAGGAGUACAGUGGGGCUGAACAUCAGGUUGAGAGGUGUAGUAGGAAGUCUCAAAUCAUUAUACGCCACGCAAGUUUAAGGGUCGCUGAGUGCUUUUCACUAUGCCAAAGAACAUGGAAGAGAGAGGGUAUCUGCUAUUCACUAGGCCAACAUUAUACAGAAGACUGAUGGUCUUUUCCUCAAGUGCUGUUGUGAGGUUGCGGGGAAGUAUCCUAAGAUAAAGUAUGAGGAAGUUGUCAUUGACAAUUGCUGCAUGAUGCUUGUGAGGAAUCCUGCUCUUUUUGAUGUAUUAGUGAUGCCAAACCUUUAUGGUGAAGUUAUUAGUGACCUCUGCUGGCAUGGUUGGGGGUUUGGGUUUGACACCAAGCUGCAACAUCGGGUGAGGGAGGUAUUGCACUAGCCAAGGCUGUACAUGGUUCAGCACCUGAUAUUGCUGAAAAGACUUGUGCUUGUGUAGAAUUUGGCAAAUCCAACUGCUUUACUGCUGAGUGGUGUUUCAAUGUUGCGCCAUUUGAAUCUCCAUGACAAAGCCGACCAAAUUCAAAACGCCAUCCUCAACACAAUUGCAGAAGGGAAGUACCAAACUGCCGAUCUUGGAGGCAAAGCAAAGACAACUGAGUUCACCAAUACAAUUAUUGAUCAUCUCUAAAUUAUGCUCUUGAGUAGGCAAGGAAUUGCUGCUAAUUUUGUUUUCUGUUAAUUUCCUAUUUAUUUUUUCCCAACUUUUUUCGAGGAGUAGGAUUACCUCAUCAUAAUGGGAAAACCCAUCUAAGGGAGUGACCUUAUAACCACAUGGCGUGGGCAAGCCUUAAAAUAUUGGGUGCCUAUGCAGUGGUAUGGACUUGAGAGGUACAGAGGGUUGGAGUCUCUAAAAUGUACUUUCUCUGAUAACCCUCCUUAGUCCAUUUUAGUAUUCUUUGUCAAUAACAUAGUUAAGUAAAUGAAGUACCAUUAGUUUGUUUUUAUAUUUGUUUUGCCUUUUUCUCCCUCUUAUUUAUCUCAUUAUUUUAACCUGUAUUUGCAUAACCACCAAUAUAAUGGUGAGAAAGACCGAAAUACUAAGACUUUGUUUAUUUGGAGUGAAGUAGAAGGGAAACAGAGGAGAGGAAAAAGAAGUUGCAAGUAUUGAUGUGUAAUUUAUAAAGAAAAAUUUUCAAUUUAUCUUCUCUCUUCUCUAUUUCUCUCCAAUCAAACAAAGCCUAAGUGUUUAAGUCAAUAUCUUUUAGUUUUUUGCAACAUUUCUUAUUAUCUUUCUCCUUUUAAAAAUAAAUCUAAAUACCCUAAAACUUCCACUCGGAUCAAGGUAAGUUCUGGUCUCAGAAUCUCAGCAAAUUUACAAGGAGGAAAUUUGACUAUAAAUCAUGGAUUUGUGUUGCUGAAAAUUUCGAUAUUUUUAAUGUUAAAAAAGAUUGUAAUAUUAGGUUUUUGUGACAUGAAUAAGGUAAACAAGGAUACAAUUUACACUACUUUUCUUUUGGGUUUCAUGGAUUACCAAUUUGUGCUAAAAAGAUAAACAAACUUUCUACCAUUCAACAUUGCUAAACAUGAUUUUGAUAAAAGUUCAUUUUAGUACUCAAGUAUGAAUACAAACGUUAGAAGGGUAUUAUUGAAUCACUAACUUAUAUAAUAUAAUAUAGUCAAGUAUGUAUAAUGUAAGUAGUUCUAACCCUUGAGAGAUACAAAGAGGUAGCCAGUAGCCAAACUAGCAGUAGUAGUAGGAUUGAAAGUGUCAUCAUCAUGUAGAAGAAAAAUAAAAAGCGUCCUACUAGAUUCUCAUUAUAUUUAUCAAUAUCAUCAUUAUCAACGGACAAAACAAAAGCUAAGUUAUUACUUAUUAGCCUUGCAUUGUUUUGGAAGGAUUUUAAAUUCUUGCAUGUGGAGCAUGGUGUCAUAAUUUAUUGAAAUUUUAAAUUAUUAUUCUAUCUGCAAGUGGUUUUAAUUUAUCAUGAAACACCAUUCGAGGAAGUGUUUAAAAGAUUAAACGGUGUAAACACAAUUCUAAGUUCUAACAGCUGGCUGCCAUUCAGCUAAU